AUGGUUUCAUUAGCCUCAGUUUACUUCUUCAUUUAUCUCGUCAUAUUCCUAAUCAUCGCAACGGCAUCCUCCAUAUUCAUUAUUCCGUUACUAGGAACAUCUUUCAUUUUUGCUGUGGGAGUGGUAACAUUUGGAUUCAUAAGUAAUGUUACCUUCAAAUUAGCGCAAAAUCUGUAUUUUAGUGCAGAUGAAAGAUUGAAAUCGACAUUAAAGAAAAUGUCAAAGCAUACAUCAUCUCAUAAUAGUAAGACGAAAGAUAAGGAUAAGUACGGACCAAAAACGCCCUCGCAAGGAAUUAAUCAUUGUGAACAUAACAUAUUCAAUAAGAAUUUAGACAGCUCAACUGCUGGAUGUAACCUCACAUUCGUUAGAAGAGAUAGAAAUUGGUUAAAUAAUCAUUCUGACCGGAACGAUAAUGAUGAAACAAUUGAAGAACAAGAACAAGAAGAUCUAUAUGAUACUCAUCGAGAUGAAGGUCCAACAACUUCUCUCAUUGCAAGAUAUUUAGAACCGGAGCCAACUUCUACCAGAAACAAGAAGCAACAACGGGUAACCCCCAAUCGCCGCGAUUUUGAAUUUUGA